AUGGCGCGUGUACCACCGCCUGCACUCAAGAGGGACAAGAAAGAGAAGAAGCCCCCUAAAGAUAACUCCAAAAAUGUUAUGCGAAACUUGCAUAUCAGGAAAUUAUGCUUGAACAUCUGUGUUGGUGAAUCUGGUGACAGAUUGACACGUGCUGCAAAGGUGUUGGAACAGUUGACUGGUCAACAACCCGUCUUCUCCAAGGCCCGCUACACUGUCAGGUCUUUUGGUAUCCGUCGUAAUGAAAAGAUUGCUGUGCACUGCACUGUGAGAGGCGCCAAAGCCGAAGAAAUCCUCGAAAGAGGAUUGAAAGUCAGAGAAUAUGAGUUGAGACGUGACAACUUCUCAGCCACUGGCAACUUUGGUUUUGGUAUCCAAGAACACAUUGAUCUUGGUAUCAAAUACGAUCCUUCCAUUGGUAUCUAUGGUUUGGACUUCUAUGUCGUCCUUGGAAGACCAGGAUUCAAUGUAGCACACAGAAGACGUAAGACUGGCAAGGUUGGUUUCCCUCACCGCUUGACAAAGGAGGAUGCCAUGAAAUGGUUCCAGCAGAAAUAUGAUGGUAUCAUCCUGAACAGCAAAAAGUAA